AUGCCAACGUGACACAAACUACUGCCAUACUUCUUUUGCACCUUUAUGGCCUCAACCAUGGAUGAUAGCCGUCACAAAGACGCCACCUCCUCUUCUACUUGUUUCUCUCACUUCUGCUCUUCAGCUCUUAGAGCCAAGACCCUCAAGUCAUCCUCCUCCGCUAACAAUUCUAGCGAUGGCCUUAUCCGCCGCCUCGGCGUCUUCGAUCUCAUCCUACUCGGCGUCGGCGCCUCUAUCGGUGCCGGCAUAUUCGUUGUCACCGGAACCGUCGCUCGCGAUGCUGGUCCAGGAGUGACUAUUAGUUUCAUACUCGCGGGAGCAUCGUGUGUGUUGAACGCGUUGUGCUACGCGGAGUUAGCGUCACGGUUUCCCGCCAUAGUCGGAGGCGCGUACUUGUACGCGUACACGGCCUUCAAUGAAAUUACGGCUUUCCUUGUAUUCAUGCAAUUAAUGUUGGAUUAUCAUAUCGGAGCAGCUAGUAUUGCCCGUAGCUUAGCUAGCUACGUGGCUACCAUUUUCGAGCUCAUCCCUGCUUUGAAAGGAAACAUACCUCCCUGGGUUGGUCAUGGUGGUCAAGAAUUCUUUGGAGGAACUUUGUCUAUCAAUAUCCUGGCUCCGAUUCUUCUUGCCGUUUUGACUGUUAUCCUCUGUCUUGGUGUUGGAGAAUCUUCUGCUGUUAAUUCUUUUAUGACUGCAGCCAAGGUUGUCAUCGUUAUUUUUGUCAUUAUUGUUGGAUCUUUCAAAGUUGAUGUAGAUAAUUGGUCUCCUUUUGCUCCCAAUGGUGUUAAACAUAUAUUUACGGGAGCAACCGUAGUAUUCUUUGCAUAUGUUGGAUUUGACGCGGUUGCUAAUUCUGCUGAAGAAUCAAAGAGACCUCAGCGCGAUUUGCCAAUAGGAAUCUUGGGAAGUCUGCUUGUAUGUGUUGUUUUAUACGUUGGUGUUUGCUUGGUGAUCACCGGGAUGGUACCAUACAACCUCCUUGGCGAAGAUGCUCCUUUAUCUGAAGCGUUUACAUCCAAGGGUUUGAAGUAUGUUUCUAUUUUGAUCAGUAUUGGAGCUGUUGCUGGGCUUACAACAACCCUUCUAGUUGGUCUAUAUGUCCAGUCUCGCUUAUAUCUUGGGCUUGGAAGGGACGGUUUACUGCCUUCAAUAUUUGCUAAAGUGCAUCCGAUACGCCACACACCUAUUCAUUCUCAAAUCUGGGUCGGUAUCGUUGCUGCUGUUUUGGGAGGGCUGUUUAACGUGCAUAUCCUAUCACACAUUCUUUCAGUUGGCUCACUGACCGGCUAUUCUGUUGUUGCAGCCUGUGUUGUAACGCUUCGCUGGAAAAAUAACACCGGCAAUCGAGUUUCUUCAAAGUGCAUCUCAACCUGGUGUGAAGGUGUCCUAUGUAUUUUCCUAGUGGCAUGCUGUGGUUUUGCUGCUGGAGUUCUUUAUCGUUUUGGCACUCACUUUAUUGUUAUGAUUGUUGCGGUGGUUAUAGCCAUAAUGGCUUGUGCUGCUCUUUGUUUCCGUCAGGCUUAUUCAGAUCCUCCAGGGUUUUCUUGUCCAUGGGUUCCGAUUGUGCCAUCUGUUUGCAUCUUUUUCAACAUCUUCCUGUUUGCUCAGUUGCACUAUGAAGCAUGGAUCAGAUUCAUCAUCCUCAGCAUAGUUUCUGUAGGUAUUUAUGCAUUUUAUGGACAGUAUCAUGCUAAUCCCCGUUCAGAUGAGACAAUUAUUUACCAUAUGGCUCCUGAAGAAGAUAGACACUGAGCAUUAAUGUACAGUCACCAAUGGUUAUUGGUGGGACUUGUAGUCUAUCAUCCUAUUAUUGCACAAUCAGCUUAUAAAAUUGUUAGUGAUCAUAGAUGUAGAUUUCUAUUAGAAAAUGUUGGCAUCUCUGCUGACUAAUAAACAAAGUGUAUUUACAUGGUCUUCUCUACGGUACAUUCUUAAUUUCUUACCAACUAGGUAGGUUCUCCAUGAGCUGUCGUUUUUACAACUGUUAAGAUAAGGAUUAAUUUGUGGAUCA